GGGUCCUCUCUAGGCGUGCAUGCAUGCGGAAGCGCGCCUAGAGCCUAAUACGCCGGGGCGGGUUUUGGGGGCUAGAGCCCAUCCGCGCCCGGCUGUUGGUUUUCCCCCUCUCCUGUUGUUCCCCGGAGAGGGUAGGGUGAGGUAUCGGCUAGGUAGCAAACUUGGUUAGUUACAGAGUUGGGUCUCUUAGACGCUGUUCGGAGUCUGGGCCCGCAGGCCAGGUCCCAGGCGGUGUAAGGUGAUGAGGGGUGCGACUCCUCUGGCACUGGAGUGUGUGCGACAAAAGUAUCAUUUUGAGUGUCAACUAAAAAUGGGGUUUUGGAGCGCAUGUACGACAGGGAGCAGAGCAGUCGCCACCAGGCUUGCGAGUGGACGGUGCUAGACGUUUUGACCUUGGUUAAACAGUUUGCCCUCAGCUGGCCUUUCAGGUCUUUGCCGCUGAGUUUCCGUGCGCAGUUAGGAAGGCGCUGACUUUUGCGUAGUUGCAGACAGUUCUUAAGUAUGGCUGCAGCUGUAGGUAGGCGAGCCUUUUGUUCCCCACCCUCCCACCCCUACUCUCUCCGGGGUCCUCUCUAGGCGUGCAUGCAUGCGGAAGCGCGCCUAGAGCCUAAUACGCCGGGGCGGGUUUUGGGGGCUAGAGCCCAUCCGCGCCCGGCUGUUGGUUUUCCCCCUCUCCUGUUGUUCCCCGGAGAGGGUAGGGUGAGGUAUCGGCUAGGUAGCAAACUUGGUUAGUUACAGAGUUGGGUCUCUUAGACGCUGUUCGGAGUCUGGGCCCGCAGGCCAGGUCCCAGGCGGUGUAAGGUGAUGAGGGGUGCGACUCCUCUGGCACUGGAGUGUGUGCGACAAAAUCUAUGAAUUGCAUCUGCGACUAAUUUAUAUCCUCAAGCACAGCCCCUCGGAGCUAUGGAUUUCGCUUCGGGCUGUUUACAACGGGCUUACCGAUACUAGGCCCAACGCGAAUCGUCUUGGGCUACAACAGAGGCUCGUUGUGGGCUGCCUUGCUGGACCUGGGCAGCGGCGGUGAGAAGGCGAAGCUCAGCAUUUUGGAAUCCAUGCAAGGCGCAAAGCCCUCUCGCAGCGCCCACGAGGGUGCUGCUGAUGCCAGUGCCGGCUGUCCUAGUGGCGAUAGCAGCAAAACUGGCAACGCCAACGCGUGUAGCCAACAGACUACCAAGCAUACGAACAUUAGCAACCCAACCUUCCAAGUCUUCACCACCACACAAACGUCCACGACCCAGCCUACCUCACCCUCGACAGGCGGCUCCCCCACAGCCUCCAGCACCCUCCCCUCCUCCUCCCCUCCGCCACCGUCUCAGUCUACCUCACCGCCCCCGCGGAACACUGAUGACUCCCCCGGCACUCCAGGUACCCCGGGCUCCUCCGCUGGAGCCUCCUCAGGCGCUGUUGCUGGGGCGGAUACCGGGGACGCUAGCCCGGGUGGGGGCGCUACGCCACAAUCGCACGUGUCCGUCAGGUUGACGGCGGCUGGGCGGCGGAGCAACAAGCAGCAGGAUACGCAGCGUGGGGAGAUGCAGGAGCAGGAGCAGGGGGAAGUGGGAGGACAGAAGAAGCAAGAGCAGGGAGGGAAGCAGGAACAGCCUCGCUACAACCCCAAGCAGCUACGUGGCCGCUCCAGCAGGGCAGAAGGCAACGGAGGAGCUGACAGCGACAGCGGCGGCAACGACCCCCGAGACCACAACGGCCAGCAGGGGCCUCCUGGUCGGUCUCUGUACCUUGAGAACGCGCUGAUCGACAGCUACUCCUGGCACGGCAUCAAGCGGCUGUACCGCUUUGGCAUCUUCUUCCUCCUGGUUUUCAUGGCGCUGUGGUGGCAGACGGAAAAUGGCGCGGCGGCCUUCAAGAGCAGUGUGGUUGGAUCUUUCGAGGCAUACGACACGGGCAAAUCCUGGGAGGAGACAACGCUUGCAGGCGCAAGCGACAUGGUCGACGCCUUUGAUUACUUCGUGAGCUACGUGAAGAGUGUGGUCCGACGCAGCUCGGAGGUAUCCCCCGAGGCCGGCAGCUUCGUCUACCUGGGAGACUUUGCGCACAUCACGUACGCCCAACUCCAGGUGAAAUUCCCAGAGUCAUGCUCUGACCUUGCGGGCAAUGACAUUACAGCAACGGGCAAUAGCCCUGCAGCAAUGGCACCGCCCGACAGCACCAGCUAUUUUUCCCCACCACCCUCCGCACGUGAUGUCGCCAAGAAAGUUCGAGAUGAGACGUCCGAGUUCGUGGAAACCUCCGCUACUUGGUGGCAAUACCUCCUGGGAGGCUUCGCGGAGACUGUCAGGGACCUUCCAGACGAGGUUCCGCGCAAGAAUGGCACAGAAAUAAAUGCAACGUGGUACAACAGCACAAGCACUAAGCUAUCGGAAGAGGUACUGAAGCUGCCAGAUACCUGCCCCGAUUUUACUCCGAAGACUUUGAACUUCAGCUUGGAGUGGCAGGAAAGAUCGGGGCAGGACAAGACCCUCAACGCGCGCAACAUUCUGUCAAACGAGUACUACCUAAAGAGGCUUUCGAACUUUGAGUUUGACAGCUACCUCUUCCUCGACCUGGUGGGCAGGGUUCAACAUGUCGAAACCAACUUCUCCCCGGACAACUACCAACCCUACAUAUUCGACUACUACGAUUACUAUUAUAAUGACUAUAAUGACUCCUCCAGAAUAGCGAAAAAUCUCACAUGUUCAACGGUCACCGCCGUGAGCAUCUGCACUCCCACCGACGACGAGGACAACCCGCAGGCCUGCUUCUGUGCGGUGAAGACAACGGGUCUGCCGCGCACGCUGCGUGCCUACAUGGACCCGCAUGACCCCCUGAACAGCACCGCCGUCAUGGAGCUCAUCCGCCUGUGGCCCGACUACAUCCAGAAAGUGACCCUGGAUGAGAUGCAGGGCGGGCUAGACUACCUGCUCACAGCUGGCAGGGGAAUGGUGGGCAAGUUUGCCAAGCAGCUGAUUUUGACCAUCCAUGCAUACGACCGCCGCAACCCGCGCAGCAGCGUCCUGUUCUACCUGAAGGCCGAGCGGGAUGCUAAGCAGGGUGAGCUCAGCACCAGCACCCUGACGCUGACGGUGCUGGCGGGAUGGACUGCUGGUGGCAAGAUCCUCAUGGCGCUGUCCAUCCUGGCCGUCGUGUACGACAUCACCUCCACCGUCCACGCCAUGCAGCUGUCGUACCAGCAAGGGGGCAACGUGUGGUCCUACCUGGGCGGCAAGUCAUCCAGGAACAUCAUCACCUGGCACGCCCUCGAUGUGUUCACCCACCUGGCCUCGCUGGCGUGGAUCUUCAUGUGGUUCUACUUGCUGUGGCUGUGUGAAUACAGCAAGGAAGAGCCCUACCCGCAGAGCCCCUCGCAACUGGCUGCAGUGGAAUCGGAGGCAAGGCUGUACACCGGCUGGAUGUACUUCAGCAUGGCCAUUUUCCUGCUGGUGGGGCUGCGCAGCUACCAGCAAAUGAAGUACCACUCGGGCCUGCGAGUCUUCCACACGCUCUUCAGGCUGGCAUACCGCGAUAUUCUGGAGUUCCUUACCUUCGUCAUCUCCGUCGUGGUGGUGUUGUGCGCUGCGCUGUUCAGCAUCUUCAUGAUCAGCGGAGGAAACAGCCGUUUCUCGGUUUUUAGCCGCGGGCUGUCAUCCAUGGCGCGGCUGUCGUUCGGCUUCUUUGAGUACCAAGCGUUCACAAACGAGGGUAACGGUCUGGGCGACUACCAUGUUGCCGUGGUGCUGUUCUUCUGGCUGGCGGUGGUGCUGCUGGUGCUGGUCGUGCAGAACACCCUGCUGGCUAUCUUCUCACGGGCAUACGAAGAGGCCAAGAAGAACAACGCGAACAAGGACUCCACCUUCCUGCUCUACGCCUUCUACGACUGCGUCUUCCUGUUCUUCCGCCUGCGCAACACGCUGCUGACCUGCCUGUGGGUCUUCACCGACCCCCUGCGAGUCAACGAACGCAAGACCGAGGUAUGGCAAGCACGGAUACAGCGGCUGCGGCAACAGCGACAGCAGCCAGACCAGCGACGGCAAGGAUCCGCUGAGGAUGCUUCUGGCGACAGCGGUGGUGGCCAAACAAAGGACAUCAGCAGCCACCUUCCUGUGGCAUGGACUGAGGCCUACCAUAACGAGUAUGUUGCAGGGUGCAAGCAUCGUACUAGCAAGAACGGUGGUGGCACGACUGGUGCCGGUGGCCAGGACGGAGAAACCGAUACUUCAGGAAGUCGAGGAGCAGGAAACCCUCGCAAGCCGCUCAUGCAGCGCUUGAACGAUUUUCUGCGCACGCAAAGUGUUGUGCCUGUAGACGGUUGCUGGUCGCAGGAGGACAACAUGAAAGGGCCGCGGGGCUGGCUGGGGCGGUCGUGUUUCUUCUUGUACUUGUUCUUGCGGCGAAUCCGAAUAUACAGCGUGGAGGCUUACAACCGGGAUUUCGAGCUGUUGAUUCGUGCGUACGAUAAGAAGGAGGUGGCAUCGAUGGAGGCGGGCAAGACGGACGGAUACCGCAAGACCCUGAGCAGAAAUCCCUCCCUCACACUCCGCUGCACCAUGGACCGCUGGCGGGUGGUGUCCAGUCCGCAGAUGAAGGCGCUGGUGCACUUCUUCGUGGACUACAACCUGGGCCGACUCAACGUCCUGCAGCUGCAGCAGCAGCGUCGCUUCCCCGAUUCACAGCAGCAGCAGCAGCAGCAGCCCGAAAAGGAGGAGGCCGAGGAGACUGCGUCGGGUCGCUUGCUUGAGGCCCGGGCGGCAUACAGCAUGUGGCGCGUCCGGCCUGAGCCCGGCAGCGCCCCACCGCUGGAGGCCCGGGAGCGGCGGCCGCGGCAGCAGUGGGGCCCGAUACGGCAGAUUUGCCCGGAGUGCCCGCGGCAGGGCGAAAACGAGCUGCCCAGCGGGGAUUCCGCAGGUGGAGGAGAAGGCGGGAAGCCACAUGAUCACCCGGGUCAGCAACAGCAGCGGAAGCCGCAGGAGGGUGGAGAUGGCGAGGUGCUGGGCAUAUUUGAGCUGCGGUUUUACAUGGAGGCGGACGAGAUGCAGUUGAUGCAGCUGCUGGUGGAGGGGCCCUGCGCGGUGGCGGAGGCGCUGCGGGGGCAGCAGCGCCGCGCCUGGGAGGCCCUAUGGAGCCACUGGCGGCCCGAGAACAGGCCGCCAUGCAUGGCCUUCCUCCGUGCGGGCGGCUGCCGCGCGGGCAGCUGCGGUAGCGCAGAUAUGGAGGCCGGCUGCUGCAUCGGUGGUGGCAACGGCUGUUAUGGUGGAGGCGGCAGCGGGGGCGAGGGAGGCUCGUGGGGUCGUUGGGCUACGGAGCUGGUGCGCAGGUUCUGCUGGGCGGUGUGGCUGCAGGGCCGGCCCAACCCCUUCCGCCCCUUCCUGGACUGCGGCGGACUUGAGGACGAGGACCUCAAGAAGUUCGUACGUGCCCUGGUGGCUGUGUACGGCUCAGUGCCCGUUCGAACCACCCUGAUCCAGGACAAGCGUAUGCAGAAGCUCAAGGCGGCCGCGGACCUGCAGAAAAUCAAGGAAAGCAUGCGCGUCAUCCGGAAUGACAAGCAGCAGCACGGGAAGCAGAGCGGCGCGGAUGCUGCAGGGGGCGCUGCAGGGGGUGCCACUGCAGGUGCUGCUGCGGGCGCUGCAGGGGGUGCUGGUGAGAACACCAGCAGCAGUGGCGGCGGCGACGGCGGUAGUGGUGCAGCUAGCGGUGCUGCGCAUGCGGUGGAUAUGGAGGCGUUGAUGGAGCGGGUGCUGAGGCGGGUGCUGGACGCGAGGAGAGUGCGGGCCGGCGGGUCGCAGUCGCCCGCUGGGCCUGUAUCAGGGACUGGCGGCGGUAGGAGUGGGUAGUGGCGUAUUGGCGAAAACGAGGAAUUAUAGGGGCGCUUUAUCCAGAAGAAUGUACAUUUUGCAUGCGUAUCGGGAGGAGUUGGGAAGUUGCAAUGUUAUUCGUUCGUGACCCAUGGGUCAUUGCCGUCCAGUAUAGUGACACCCAAGCUGUUUACGCUUGCAAUUGUUUGCUGGAUAUUAGUACAUUCAUGGCUGAUCUAGGUCAAGAACGACUAGCUAGUUUAUUCGAUGUGCAGUGCCUAGCUCGUUGACGGCUUUUCAGGGGCUUUUGGUGAGCGGAGGCCAAGGGAUACGUAAAUAGAGGUUGGGAGGGUAGCCUGCCAGAGGCAGAAUUCUUGAGUGUCCGUAUGCAGUAGAUGCGCGCAUGCAGAUGUGCCGUACAUGCGAGCGUGGUAGCGACCCGCACUGGGGUUCUGUUCAGCGGUGGGUUUGCCAGAUGCGCUAUGUGUUGCGCUAUGGAAACAGUGGCUGUGCCACCGUGUGGUGCUGUGGGCCGCGCGUCCGGGUCCCCUAAACAAGGCUUAUUGGAAAGCUGAGGGUUGCCUGGUGAAGCGCCGUUAGUUCCAGGAGUUCACGUGCGAGUGUUCCACUUUGAGUCGUCUGCCUUAACACGAAGAAGCGAUUGUAGGAGUGAUUUACAUACAUCUAAUAGGCCAUCUGCUGCUCUGAAUUGUAUGUGUUGUUAGUUUGGUUCGGCACUCUGUCUCCAAUGUCGGAAUAGUCGUGCUCCCACCAUUGCUGCGAGUGCUUACCCGGCCCCUGCUCCACCCAACCCUUCCCAUUCAAUACCCGCCAAGGCGGCAGUGGAUGCAGAGGGGCCGUCGGCGCAGCCGCUAGCUGUUUCCCUGUGACUGAUCGGCGUAAUGGGCACGUCUAUCGUCGCAGCCUAGUAGGGCUAAAGCUUUUCUGUGUUGCCUGUCGUUGCUUGGUUUGAAGGCUAUGGAUGCUGCGCAUGUGGGCUCAUAGCUCGGCUUGUACGCCGGUGCUUUAAGCCUGCCUUGUGCCGCCAUGUCUUUAAUCUGAUUGUAACAAGUCCUACAUCCA